UUUGGAUUUUUUGACGCCGGUUUUGUUUUGCAUAAGAAGCACGACAACUCAAGGGUGAGUAGAAGCAAACUAGGGAAAACUUGUUCUAACCGAAUUAAGGAAGAGCCGUUUGCUUGUAGCUCUAGUCUUCGAGGUCUUUUAUUCUUGCUGUAUUUAAUGUCGCACGGCUUUCACUCAUCUUUAGCUUUACAAUACCUUGCCUAUACUAGCCCCCCCUGGCCCCGUCCCUCUCUGCACCUAGUUUGAUGUGGCCGUAAUUUUUCAACAGCGUACUAAACAGCUCCGGUAACUUAGUGACCAGCAAAAAUCGGCACUGUAAUCGAUACUGCCUACUUCCACAUGAAGGUCUCACACACACAUAAUCGGGUUGGUUGUCUUUAUUGGUGUCUACCAUUUUGAACUUUUGACGAUGUAUUUUUCUCUCGACCAACGGUAGAAGUAAAACGUUAGAAAUAAAAAUAUCAUUUGUUACACGUCUAAACUCCAGAGCCAACUAACUUCAUCAAGUGGUUUCAGGCUGCUGACGGGCUCAACCUUAGUCCUGUCGGCUUCCUAACUUACAUAGCUGUCAUCUAGAGAAAGGGUUGUAGCAGGUACAGGAAGUUGUUGUAACUUUCUCUGGAAACUACAAAUGUCAUGUACACUAGUUUUUGCUCCAAAACCAAAACUUAAAGCGGCCGCAAAAUCAGAUAACGUCCUUGUCGUCCAUGUGGUGCUCCUUCGUGUGUUUGUGUGUGUGAUUUUUAGCAGCUUUCACUACUCUCCUGUCGCAUGAGACAGUUCAUUUACGACUACAUUUUUUUACGCAGCUUAAACUUAAACGGUGAAAAACGAUACAUGUAGGUGCGGCUUCUUCCUGCUAUAGUGGUACCUGCUCACCACUUGAUCUACGUCUAGCUGCAGGCCUAUUUUUGUGGUAUUUUGUGUAGCCCACUGUGUCUCGUUUUCAUCUGUUUUCGGGCCGGAGGGGCACAUCGCUCGACCGGGCCGAUCUUGUGAUCACUUCUUUACACAAGUUUUGCUUCACGUCGUGCGUCUUCACAAUUCUGAGCACUCCUGAGCGAUCACGAUACACCGGACGCCACUCAUUGUUCCUUGACUAGGAUAUCAGUGCUCCAGCUACGGCUCGUGAAAACUUGCGGCUCGUCCCAGCAUCUUCAUCUGGAUACGACCGUUCGUCCCCGGCUGAAGAAAAGCUUGCCGUUUGCUACCCUUGCUCCGGCGUGACGUGAAGAUUUUCCUCGUUUUUGACGCGUUUUUGAUGCAUGGAACCGCCCGACGAAGAGUUUUCACUGCCCUCCGUGGUCCCGGUCCUUGCCCGCCGGUCCACGCAGUUGAGUAGCGGUACAUCAAAGGGGCAAGAACAGCUUCAACGAAGAACUUCUGCAAUAACGUUGGAGGAACUGGUGCUAGCAUGGCUCCACGACACCAUCGUUCACGGGCUGCAGACGGCCAGCCGGAAGGUGGGAAUGUGGCGACUUUCUUUGAAACGUUCAAAUAUGACGCAUGGCUAGCAACGCGCCGGCGGCGCUGAUGUUGUUUAUGUUUUGAUGCAGAAAUGCAUAAACAAAGAACGCAAUUCCCUUUACGUCGUAAAACUAAUCAGGUUCGUCAGCGCAUGAAGGAGACGCUUCCGGACUUCGGACUUCCCCCAAAGGGAAAACUCGGUCUCCGACACCUGUCCGAUGGGCGGCUGCUACUGGUCUUCAUGCAAGCCCUGGACAUCCGGCUGUGCAAGCGCGCGAGCCCCGUUCCGGUCGGCCGCCUGGCGCAGUUCCAAGUCGCGUGCCGGUGUCUGGGCGUUCCGCGCCGGGAAAUUUUGCAGACCAGUGACGUGUUUCCCGCACCGCCGAGGAACCCUCGUAUUUACGUGAAUGACUAUAUGGUUUUUGUGUUGUUAUCGCAAUAGUACGCUUACUUUGAACUGUUGAUAUCAAAUCAGAGAUUGUCGACCCUCUAUCGCAGGUCGCGUCCUCUACUGCAUGUGCCACGUAAACGACGCGCUCCCGGAGUCCUACGCCGGCCCCAAACUCCCGAAAAGCGACGCCCGGUCUGUCGUGCCCUCCAUUCCCUGGCAGGACGAAAGUUUUCUACAAACAGAGCAGGACGGGCGGACUCUCCGGCUCUACGACGGGUCGCGGCAUUUGUUGCGCGCCCAAAUCGCGACCAACACGGAGCCGUCGAAGCGGAGGAAGCGGGUCCGGAAGGUCAGGAUUCACUCCAGCAGAACCGAUCCGCCGGCGAGCAGUCGGGGAGAACUACAUACUGGGGCGGGUGGGAGUGCAGAAAUAAAUCAGGCAGGAAGUAAUAGAACGUCUGGCACUGCCACUGUCGAUGGAGCGGGCGCGAACAGCGGAGAUCUACACAGUCGUGGCUCUCAGCAAGAAGCUCCUACAGCGAUGCAGGCCGAGCAAACUUCUGAUGUCGCAGCAGCAAGUCCUGUUUCUGCGGACGCGGAAAGAACACCUGGAGACUCAUCUACAUCAGCAGGACUCCAUCAUCCCGAACAACGAGGCUCCGUUGCCGGGGGGCAAUCAGCAGACCCUGCCGCUGCAAACAGUCACGCCGCGCUUUCAGACGACGACUACUACUGCUACAUCGAUUCCACCUCGUCCUCUGGCGGGGAAGAUGACGCGUCGGAGGAUGAGAAUCAAGAGGCAGCAAACAACCGCGACAAGAACAAAAAUCUUACUAGCGCAAGAGCCGAAGAAGACGAGGAUCAAGACGAUAGUGCCGCCGCUUGCCACCUCCUCACCCGCAGCCAGACCUGUCACGAGCCUGCGAGGAGUUCUUGUUAUCGCAAGAAUAGCGAAGAUGGCACGGAGGACGCGCAUAGUCAUGCAAGAAAUACUCUUUUCGACAGCGAACGGGCGUACCAGGACUACGUGUUGCGCUCUUGGACCGCGAAUAAUCCGUCGAGUGCGUCGAGUAACAGCAAAUCUGCUUCUUCCUCUUCGCGCACCAGGCAUGAGCAGGUCCUCGACAUUUUGAUCAACAAGCAACAGAGCGACCCGCUCAGCCGUUUCCGGCCGAACUGUUUUCCGGCCAACGUGGUGUCCGCGCCGAUCGCGUUUCCCGCGACCUCGCUCUCCCACCUGUCGGAACUGCGGGAAAGGGAAUUUCGGGAAGAAACGAGAAGCAAAGCAUCGCCAGUGCGAUGUGCGUACGGAGACGCUCUACUUCCGAAGAGAAUCGUUCCGAAGGUUGCGAACUUGCGCAGCGAAUGGGUGCGGAAAGAGGACGCAGACGAUAUUGCGAUACACGCCGAAGAAGCAACGAAGCCGGUGGAAGCUGUAAAUGACGAAGAUCUUCAAGGCUUAUCAUCUUCGUUGUUGCGCUUACCGGAAGGCCGUCUGAGUGAGGUUGUGAAGACUGUGACUCCGAGCACUGCGGAACCGUCUCCGCUCUUUGGGCCACCACUGGCGAAGGACACGAGCCCGCUGGAUGAAAAUUCGAAUGUUGCGGCCUCCGCUGCGUUCGCAACAUCCGCAGGUCUGCAGAAUGACGUGGAAUCAAAAGUAGAAGAAGCACACCCAGAUCCGCCCACGAACGACGCCAUGCCGCCCCUGAUGUCCCUCGAAGAGUUCCUCCGCGAUGUCGAGACUUUUCCACAGGACAGCACCGACGUAUCAACCUCCCAGUUGUUCGAGUUAGAAAACGAGAACGAGCACAGCUGCAACGAGGGCGCUUCCGCCUCGACGAAGUCCACGCAAAGCACCAGCUGCUGCACAGGUAAUUACUGCGAGUCGUUUGCACAUGCACAACCAAGUUCAAGUGCAGUAAUGGGGCCGAACAACGUGGUGACAUCGAGUGCGGUCGCCCCUGAUCGGAUCAUUACAGCGCCGGGGGUGAACAUCCUGCCGCCCGCGAAGAAGCACCGCUCGCGCGACCACGUGGAGACGCCCAGCACCAUGACCAGCAGUGCCUUCGGAUUCGGGAAGGGGCCGGUCUUUUUCCAGGCCGGGCACUAUCAGACUGCAAGUGCGGGACCUCCCACGGCUGCAUCGUCUUCGUGCGCCAGCUCUGCAAGCUCUUCGAAGAGCAGUGCCAGCGGCGCAGUGAAUGGAGAAACUGCGAAGAUGAACCUGCAGCAGCACAAUGAUUUCGGGAAAAUGAACACUGCAUCCUCGUCGCCCACGAUACGAGUAGACGAUAAGCGAAAAUUAUCUUCGCGUCUGAAAACGCCGGAGCUGCUACUAGACGGUCGUGCAGCGGCGCUCCUUGCCCAAGGCAAAAUCGGCGAGCAAACAAAUCAGGAACUGCAUGACGUCCAACCAGACCGGCACCAACACAUCCACGUAUUGGACCUUGAAGAGUUUGGGCCCUCGCCGCCGUCGUGUCAGAAGUUGGUCUUCUCGUCUUCAAGAAAGAAAAACCAAUUGGAUCGCACGUCUUCACAUGGUCAGCUCGUCCAGCAAGCAUCCUCACCGUUGCUUCCAGGAGGUCCACAAGCCUCUGGCACCAUCCUGGUCGGAACGGAACCGUCCUCCUCCAGUCGCUCUAGACCACCGAACCAGAAGUUCAUGAAUUGCUCCACGCAGCUUUCUCCGGAAGCAGAGAGACUCCUCGCGAACAGCCAGAGUUGUAAUCAUCAAAACCGACCGCCACCCCAUGAAGAUCUGUUCCCACCCGGCUUCUCUACCCCCGAUCGCGCGUCGCGCAGACGGGAGCAACGGGUGCGGCGCUCAUUCUUCGAGCGCCGCAGCACCAGUCGGAAGCGUAGCAGGACGAAAUCCGGGUUUUGUGCGGGAGACGACGAAGAUGCUCUCAACGGCUCGGGUUCACGCAGCCCGGUUUCGUCUGUCACGACAAUUCUCUCCAACUUCUCCUCGCACAACAGCUAUGUUGGCCGCCGAGACGGCACAAGGAGAAAUAACAGCGGCCGCGAUGAUAGUACUGAGAGAACACCCUUUCACGACGACAAUCAAGAUAGUCCGCGGCAGAACCCUGACAUCGACGCGCUGACCUACGUGAAGUCCCUGCCCACCUGUCGGGGCUGGCUGACUAAGAAAGCGCUUACGUCUGGGGGCACGUAUCAAUACCAGUGGCGGUGGAGCGUGUUGGAAAACCUGCAGUUUUCCUUCUGGGAUACCGAGCAGGACUACGAUGAGGGGCGGCCCUGCGAAGCCGAUUGCAUAAACUUCUUGGGGAUCGACGCGGAGGGAACGCAGCCGGUGCGGGUGGUACAGUGUCAGCGAUUUGAUCGAUCAUGUUAGUUUCGCUUUCGCUGCAUUUUGCAAUCAAAGAAGGAGGCGGCAGUAGACAUUUAUUUUUCAUUUUGCGGAUUAACGUUUAAAUUUUGAAUGUACUUAUUCGGAUUGAUAUUCAUCACGCAUCACAGCGCCUCCGCGGUUCCGGCGGAAAGUUUUCCGUCUCGGUGGGAAAGACUAUCCGCAUCGAGCUCGCGUGCGCCGACCCAGAGACCUGCCAGCGCGACCAGUGGGCCAGUUUGCUCGCCUUGCACGCCUCCUGCGGCCGGUUGUUGCGGAAGCAAAUCAUUGACGAUUUACUCGCUGGGAACGAGGAAGAUGACUCGAGUUCGGAGAGAAACUUCAUCUCCGGAUCUUCUUCAUGCGGAGAUGGGAACAACGCCGAAGUCCAAUCACAAUCUGCUGUAGCUGCUUCAUCGCACAAGAACGACCCGGCGGGUAGAAGAACAACUACCGCAGCUAAGGAACUCGAGUCUCUACAGCGCGUUCUCCAGUACUCCCCGCUGGCUCUGCUGCAGGACGUGUGGGUCUCUAGCGAAACGCGCGCGGAGGCACUGGACACUGCUUCGUACGAGGUCGAUGAAAGUGCCGGGCAGGGCGGGACGAAAGAUGACCACGAGAAGGCGGCGGGGAAAACUACGAAAACUGCUUCUUCGAAAAAACGAGACCGCGGAACAAAAGAAAAACGCUCCUCGACGCGGCGGAAGAAAGACGGGAGUAGAGAUGCUGCUGGUAAUAAAGAUGGGGCUACAACAACUAUCGGUGGAAGCGAAAGCGCGAAGAAGCAGAAGAAAUCAUCUUCGAAAAAGAAGGACAGCAAAUCGUCCAAAGGAAGAAGCUCCGUAACGGCGUCAACGUGUGCUGCGACCGUCGUUGCAGAAGAUACAUCAAAUGUUCCAAUGGCGGUGGCAGACGGACAUCAUCAAGCCAGAUCCACACCGCAUGAUGUGCCCGCCCGCGGGAACAAGCAGCAAGCUUCCUCUGUUGAAGAUCCACCACGUCAUUCUCUUUCGCCAGAAGAUCUUCAUUCCGCGUCUCCUAGCCCGGGGCAGACCGCAAAUAAAACCUCAGCCCAAGGAGGACCAGUGGUGCAACAAGUGCAGAAGACAGGUAAGAAAGUGCAGAAAGCAAAAACCGCCCGCAAAGGAGAUGUGGAACACAGCGAUUGUUCCCAAAUAACUCUUCAAAGCGUUGACGACGCAGCUGUGUCGAAAGAAGAUGGAGAUCAUGCGAAAACCAAGCGCGUGAAAAAAAAGAAAAAGAAACCCAGGUGAACUGGAGUUCUGUGUAUGGAAAAUGAUAAAUACAGAUCAUGGCGAUACCAAUUCUACUACCGUGUGAACAACCACCUCGAUGAAUCUUCCCGCCACCCAAUUGCGUGCUUGGUUGCCCUCGUCAACCAAGCAACAUUCAGUACCACCGCACGAAGAAUUCUGCACCACUGGCAAGGAUUGUGUCUUGAUUUUGCCGUUCGACAACGACAUAGGAUGGAAAAUGCGCCAAGAUGUGAUUUUGAUGUGAUCUGUUCCGCUUGAAUGUCUGUUCCGCUUGAAUGUCUGUAAUGCCUAGGUGAAAGCCAGGUAGUAACGGCAGUCCAGCUCUUGCUUGAGAGAUGCCAUCGGUGUCUUUUUCUUAUGCGAGAUUCUUACUUUUCUUUCUUCGUAGUUGCCGUAAAGUAUUCUUUCUGUCCUCACCACUCUGAGGAAAGCAAGAAUCUAGUCCAUCGGGGGGGAGAGUGGGGCUUGUUCUUUUUUUUUUCCCGUUUGGCCAAUGGGCAGAUUUGGGCCGGCAAGACCGGCGGAUCUUUUGCAAAGAUGAAAACCCCCAAUGACCUUCUUCCUUUUAUCGCGCAACCUCCUAUAAGAUUCUUUGAGGUGCCAAGAUUGGGACCAAAGAAUGAAAAAAAACUCAAGAGCGCAAAACAGUAAAAGAAAGAAAAACGCGCCACCUUCCAGCACCCGCCGGGCUGGAAAGGAGAAAACUCAUAUAAAAGAAAAGAAAAGGCAAGGCUCCAAGCCUAGGCGGUGGCAACUGGCGGCGCAGGGCAUAACUUCGUGUUUUCCUGUGGCCCCCGGUGGCGUCGGUAUACCUCUCCUUCCGCUCCGGCGGUUUGAGAGUCAGCGACACCUCUCGUAGCGCUGUGGUUCUUGGAUCCGGUUUGACGUCAGGUUGAGCACAUGAGGAGGGUUGUUCAGCACUGGCGGCUCUUUGGAGGUUGAUCUGCUCACACGGAUGAGGUGGUAGUGUGAUGCUUAUCUGAAGCGCAGCAGCAGUG